AUGAUUCAAUUCGUCCUUGUUCAAAAUCGCCAUGGAAAAAACCGACUUUCUAAAUACUAUGUCCCUUUUGAUGACGCUGAAAAAACACAAGUAAAAAACCAGAUUCAUCGCCUUAUUUCCGAAAGAACGCAAAAAUACCAGGCCAACUUUUUGGAAUGGAGAAACAGCAAGCUGGUCUAUCGUCGAUAUGCUGGGCUCUACUUUUGCUUUUGCGUGGAUACUGCGGACAAUGAUCUAGCAGCCUUAGAAAUGAUCCAUUUCUUUGUCGAGAUUUUAGAUUCCUUUUUUGGAAACGUUUGCGAACUUGAUCUUAUUUUUAACUUUUAUAAAGUUAGUGCUAUAUUAGAUGAAAUCAUAUUAGGAGGUGAAAUUGGUGAGUCCAACAAAACUGCUUUGCUUGAACGAAUUGAAGCUCUCGACAAGCUUGACUAG